UAGCCUGAACUGCAGUUCUGCCACUUAGAUUUUCAUCUUGAGUUUUAGUUAUGGAAAGAAUAAAAGCAGUUACUGUCAGUUUAGAAAAAAUGAGUGAAGAAAAAAAUUACUACACUGACAGUGAAAGUGAUGGAGAGCAGACCUCAGACAAGAAAUUGAAGAAAAGGACCAAGAAAAAAAAGGCUGGACUCAACAGAAGGAGGUCUGUCAGUGAGAACCCUGCUGAAGGAAGCACGGGUCAGGAAACUAAUCAACAGAAAUUAAAAACGCAGGACCGUGGAAGAACGGAGGUGAAAACGAGAGCUCCUGAUGGCAUGGAACAUGAAAACACUGAAACAUGUAAUUUGUGCAACAAGAAGUAUAAACACAAACAGUCUUUAGAACGACACAAGAAAGAAGAUCACAAAAAUCAGACCAUGGAACUCAGUGCUGAUGAAAGCGGAGGUGAUUCGGAUACUGAAAAAAUCCAGUGUUCUUUUUGUCCACGGAAAUACUUGCGUGUCAGGUCCUAUAGGGAGCAUAUCAGAAAGAAACAUCGGGAGAAAUUAUACCAGGAAGAAGCCGUAACACCUGUAAGAAGAAGCCUUGAAUCAACAGAGACUGGGGAGGGGGAGGAAUUUUGGUGCUCCAUUUGUUUACAAAACUGUAAGACUCCUUAUGCAUACAACAUGCACUUGACAAAAUAUCACCAGAAAUCAGCAGAUGAAGAUAUGGCUAAGGAGGAAAACAAAGCCAGUAUUGAGAAAUCACGUGUUUCCUCACUAAAAAGGGAACCUAAAGUGGAAGUCAGUACAUGUGUUAAAACUGGAGAGGGAACUGAUCAUGGUGAAGCACCAGAAUGCCCGAUAUGUCAACACAAAUUCAGCUCCACAAGUAAUGUACGUAGACAUCUAAAGGAGGUGCACCGUUGGAGUGGAAUGUACCCUAGGAGACGAAGCCAAUGGAAAUUUCCACAAGGAAUGCCACUUGUGGACUCAGAAUGUGAGGAUUCAAUGACUGAAUCAGAUGAUGAGCACAUAGUGGAAAGAGUCCAUUGUCCUUCUUGUUCGCGAUCUUACAAGAACAAGAAGACUUGGUUAGCCCACUGGAAUAAGAAGCAUGUCAUUAAACCUUCACCUAAAGAUGCAACACUGUGUGAGAAAACUGGGUUUGACCUCAUGACUGACGAUGAAACUACAGAUGAGGAGGAAGAUGAAAGCUACACAGAUGACCAGUUCUGUUCAGCGUGUCUCAGUGCUUCCUUUCUUAAUUGCAGAUUUUGCGAUCAGACACUCGAUAACUUUGGGACAUUGAAGAGACAUUAUAUGGACUUUCACAAGAGUAUGUUGCAAAGCUGUGCUUCUAAUCCAGUAACGGCAAGUGGAGACAGUGCCACUUGUUUGCAUUGUGACAGACCAUGUGAUUCAGGGGAUGGUAGUGUACAAACAGACGCAACGCAGCUUCCAGCCAAAUCUCCUCUAAUUGUGAAUUGUGAAGCAGAUACUGGUAUGGCUGCCAUAUGUAAUUGUGGACUGAUUUAUCUAAGUGAAAGAAAUAUCAAAAAACAUUUAGAAAAGAAGAAAGAUUAUCAUCCUGAUACAACAUACACCACUAUCAGUGUGGAAGAGGCAAGAAAGAUUAAAACAAGUGAAUGUUCUUUUUGUCAUAGUGUAUUUAGAGGACCUUUUCAUCACAAAGGAUUACGCAAGCACUUAAACGAAGUUCACUAUGAAAAGAAAUCCAAUGCUGCGAAUGGGAAAAAAUCUGGCAGUUCAAUUGGGGGCUCUGUCACAGACUCGGAGUACAAUGCUGGAAAGCGAAACAAAAAACAAAAACGCAAGUCUGACCCAGGGGGAAGUUACUCCGCAAAGUCUUCCUCAGCUCCUGUUGAAAGUAGUCAGUCAAGCUUAGCUUAUCUAGACUUACAUACCCCCACAAAUCAAAUGUCAAAAAAUACUACUGUUUCGGAUGAAAAUAUUGUAACUGAGGUCCUGACAAAUUCGGCUGGAAGAAAGGGACCAAUUCGUCUGUUAAAUGCGGCAAGUCCCAAGAAGUCCAUCCAACACUUCCAGAACGUCAGUAUUACUGUUAAUGCAGAUACGAGUAACGAUGUGCGAGUGGUGUCCAAGACAACAGAAAAUAAAGUGAAGAAGUACAGUGGCAGUAGAAUAUCUCUGAACUCAGCUUUUGUAUUCAAGAGCUCUGUUGACCAAGUGCAAAACAAAACGGGUCAAGCUGGACCAUCAUCAAGAGAUGAGAAUAGAGAAGUUAGGCCUGCGAUUGUUAGCACAAACAGUGGAGACCAUGUUAGGCCCGGGGUAAUUACGUGCGAUAAAGACAAGGUGAAAGCAGUCAGUGUGGGUGUAGAUAAUGAUACAAGUAGUGAAGGGGAGAAAUCUCCACCACAAAACAGAGAUGACGAACAAGUUACCUUUAAUGUUCCGAGCUACCUUAGCAAUUCGCCUUCUAAAUAUUCUCCGUUUGUCAAGCUUAUCAAGGUUGACGAGUCAGAUCCAAAGGAACCGCAAAGACAACUGAGCAAAUAUGCUUCAAGUAAGUAUAGUUCAAAAAGUGUGUUUGGCAUACGGAAGCCUUUUAAGUCCAAAAAUGUAAGGUUUGGGUCACAGAGUGGACAAGAAGAACAGACUUUAGCCAGCUCUUCUGCAUUGUCUCAGACAGUCCACUCUGGUCAGCAUGUAUCAGUAUUACAGCCUUCACUUGGUGCACAACAGACUACAGUCUCAGAACCGUCUUCUAGUCAUAGCAGCUCAAAAGCCUUGUCAUCUACAACAGAGAGUGUCCAAAACGUUACGGCUGUUACAGUUGCAAAACCAGUCAAUAAUGUUGAAAGUACUCCAACAUCAAAUGCCAAUGAGAAUUCUCAGCCUUCAUCAAAGGAUGAUGAAAAUUUUCAGAAAUCAUCUGCUGAAGAGAAAGAAAUGACCAGUCCAAAAAAGUCAUCAUCCAAGUCAAAGCAACAGAGCCCCAAAAAGUCAAGUCCAAGAAAGCAUGCUUUUGCUCUGAAGAAAUUGUUAACAGAAAACCUCUCUGAAAAACAGUUUCUACCAAAUACGGAUGUUGCAUCACCAAGAGCAAUUUUAAAUUCAAAGCAAGUUUUAAGGUCGGGCAAAACUGUUAAAAAAUCUGUUGAACAAGGAGGAAUAUCGAGGAAGAAAAAAGCUACUUCUCAGCCUUACUUAAAGAGAAACACUGCAAUAUCCAAAAUUCAUGCAAUCAAAGCCAAGCUAUCUCUGAGGAAGAGAAAACCCAGUGCAGAAACAGAAAGAAAGAGUCCCAGACUAAAAAACAAACAAGAUGAUCAAGAGUCACAAGAUCUAGAUGCUAACAAUGAAGUUGUAGAGGAAGAUGGUUCUGGUAGUGAGCGUGAGUUAGAAGAAGAUGCAACAUUAAAGAUAAAAACUCCAACACAAAAAGAAGAAAAGAAGACACAAGAAUCAAGUCGAAAUGGGAAGACAGCCAAGAAACAAGAAGCACAUAUAGAUAAAGACCUUGAGGGAAGCUCUUUCAUUCAACAUGAAACUGAAGAGGAACGAGUGUUAAAAAUAGAAAAUUUGAAACAGAAAACAAGUCUGCUUUUGCACGAGUUGGAUGAAAUGAUUCAUGUUCCUUUGCAAACUCAGACUAAAAACGUUCAAGCAAAUGAUCAAGAUGAAAAUCAGGCUGAAGUUCACAUGGAAGUUCAAACAGAAAUGGCACAGUCCUCCUCAAUGAAUACAAAGAAAAAGAAGAAGUUUAAAUUGAGAAUUUUAAACAGCAGAUCAAAAUUGAAGAAAGGUAAAUCAAGAAAAGUUUCUAGGGAAGAAGUGCCAAUCACCCCAGGAAGGAACAUAGAAGAUUCCAUACAUUUUCCUCAACUUCCUGCCAUCUCGAAGGAUAGAAAAGGUGGACUGAGAACUUCCAGUAGGAUAAAACCUCCAGAAACAGUUUCGCUUGACUUGUCACCCAGAAUUGUUGCGAUUCCAUCCCCUACCACAGGAGUUUUGGAGAAAGAAGCAACCACAACAGGAGUUAUAGAGACAUCAACUACUGCCUCAGGAGUUGUAGAGAAUGAGUCCACUUCUGUAGAAGUUUUGGAGAGAGAAGCCUCUACAACAGGUGUUGUGGAGACAGAGUCAACUACCACAGGAGUUGUUGAAGCAAAGUCCACUUCCACUGGAGUUGAAACUGAAUCCACUUAUAUAGGCCAAACAAAUGGAGUAGUUAAUGAAAAUGAACAUAUGGAUGUAGAAUCAGGAAAGAAUAAUAUACCUAGCAGACGGGCAAGAAGUUGGAGUCCAUGUAAAACUAGAACUGCAGCAGCACAAGAUCAAUUGCCUUUAAAUGGAGAUUUAGUAGCAAAGACAUCAAAAACACCAAGUGAAGGAUCAAAGAAGAAAGCAAAAUUACCAAAUGUUUCCUCUGAGGAAGGUGUAACAUGUUCUCAACAAGCAUUUGAAGGAAAACUAAGAAUUGAGAAUAGGUUGGUAGGUUCAAAGAUGCCAAUCGUCAAGCUAAACAAAUUGGAAGAUGAGAUGGAUGGAAAGUAUUUGAAGCUUGUUUGGGAUUCCAUUGGGGCACCACCACAGUCUGCAGAGAAUGUAUGCACUGAAAGGUCAGAGAAGAGGAGAACAUCAAGACCCAUCACAUCCAGAAGGAGAUCUCUCUCUGCAGAUUCUCUAUUGGCACGUAAUGAUGAAAGCAGAACACCUGUAAUGACAAGUCAAGAAACAGAGGAAGUUGAGGAACUCUCAAAAAACACAGGUGAUGGAGACAGAGAAGGAUUGUUCAAAUGUCUUGGUUUGAAACAAAAUUCGAAACCAAUGCCAGAGAGGAAAGAGAUUGCUUCCAUAGUUUCAGAGGGUAUAGAGAACAGAGUUUCUGUUGAAGAGAUAGAGCAAACAAUGGAAGAAGAAGAAGAACCAGGAAUGCAGAGUCAAUCUGAUGUGGAUGAAAGAGAGAUACAGCAAACUACUGAACAGGAUGAAGCUUCCACUGAUCAAGGUGUCCAGAAAACGGAAGUAAUAGUUCAUCAAGAUAAUGAAAUAAUUGCUGCCAUCAGUGAAAACCAAGAAAAAUCAGAUGAAGUUAAAAGCUUAGAGAACCAAAAGGAAGUUUUGUCAACAGAGAUGUUGGAAAAUGUGAACGUUAACAGGGCUCUUGUUCAUAGAACAGACGCUGUGAACAACCAGUCACAGAUUCUCUUUGUUCAUGAAAACAAAGUUAUUUAUGCGGACUCGGCCAGUGUUGUUCCAGUCAACAAGGAUGAAUUGAGUAGUCUGAGGGAUCAAGUCAGUGAAAAGCGAUCAGAGAGGAAAAAGGCGAGAAAAAGAAAAGCUCUGGAAGAGGACGAGAUAGAUGGGAAUGUCCUGCCUCUGGUUCAGCCAAAGAAGGAUGUGUUAUUACCUGAAACCCUCAGUGUCUGUAAGGAUGUAGUUCCAAAGAGUACAUCUGUAAAACCGUUAAGAGCAUUGGAAGUCAAAGCAGUCAACGACGAUGAAAUUGUGAGUUCCACCAUCGUAGAAGGAAAUUUUGGCAAGCAGGACCUUCUCGCUAGUUUGGUAACCUUGAUGGAAUGUGCAGAAGAUCCAGAUAGGGAAGCACCAAGUAUACAGGUCACUGAGCCCAGUUUCCUCAUCAAGAAGGAGGAGAAAAUCAAGUAUCCCUGUCAUAAAUGUGAUAUCAACUUCUGCCAGAAGUCCAACUUGAAACGCCAUAAGGCCACAUGUCAUCCAGAAGAUGAAUUCAGGAGUUUUGAUAUUGACAAAAAGUCUAAAGAAGUGGAUAGCAUUCCACUAGAAGAGGAGGUUGUGGCAGGGGAGGUGGAAAUCUUUGAUAUCCAAAGCACUGGACAAGGGGCAGACGUCUUUGGUGGAAUGACAGCCAGUAAUGAGGAGGACACCAUGUAUUCCCUUCCUUUGUCUCUUAUCAGGGAGAGUAUUAGUAGAUUAACAGGUUAUAAUGUUGAUGCCCAUUUAGUACUCCAAAGGUUGAAACUUCAGGAAACCAUUCAAAUUGGAGACAUGACUUUGAAAAGGAUCCACAAACAUACCUGGAGAAUAAUGAGAAAGAAGCACCUACCUGAUUCUAGUGCUGCUAUUGUGGAAAAGGAAGAACAUUCUCAAAAUCAGAAUGAGGGUUCAGGUGAACUUGCUGGGGAAGGCGCAGCAUCUUAUGAAGAAGAUGCAAGAAAUAGUCCAGGUGCAACUAGCGAAAAUUGUUCGACAAAUACAGGAGACAUCUCUGAACAGGUGUCCUCUGGGGAAACAUCAAGUAGUUGGACAAUCCACCACAAAGAGACAAGUACUUCAUCAAGUACGGUUGUACUUAAGAAGUCAAGGGGAGAACACCAUGGAAUACCAAAAGAUAAUACAAAGUCAUCUAAAUCAAAAAGAAUAAAGAAGAAACAUGUCAGUGUUAACAAAGAUACUCAAGCUAAGCUGAAGAUAAAACUAAAAUCAAAUGUGGCAGCAGCACCUUUAACAGAUUUCGAGAGAGCGAUUCUGGAACCUAAGAAGAAACAUAAAAAGUUGAAACGUAAGCACAGUGCAGCAGAUAGUGAAAAAGAGCAGGGAAGAAUUGAUGGUGAAGAAGUUGGUAAAUCUCAACACUCCAAAGUCACCGAUACACAUCAGAAAAAACAGAGAGAUCAAGAGGACAAGGAAAAGCCUAGAGAAAUAGGAGCAGUGGUCCCUAAGUCAAAAAUUGUCCAGAAAAUUCUGAGAGAUAAGGCCAGGGAAGAGGAACUGGAACGCCUGAAGUUGGUUCCAACUGUAGAGGAACCUCUACCUUCAUUUGCAGAAAUCUUGCAGCAGAAGCCCAAGCCUGUGGAAGUCAAGACAACAAAUGAGAAAAAUGGCCAGGAACAGUCUAGAGGUGAACCUGAUGAGCUGGUUAUUAAUGAAGAUGAACCAGAACCUGGGAAUGAGAGUCCUGAGGAGGGAAAUGAAUCACCCAGGGAUUUUAGCUCCAAUUCCAGUUCUGGUACUGGAAGUAAAAUACCACCUUACAAGUCUGGCUCGAAAUCCAAAGUGGCUAAAGACAAAACUGAAAGAGAGGAAGUGCUAGCAGCUAUACAAGGGAGAUCCAUUGUGCCCUCUUCAAAGCCAUUCAGAAUACCCAAGACCACAGCUGCCGAAAUUGAUACUUUAACAAAGUGGAAGUCACCAUUGCAAGACAUUGGACAUGUGGAAAAGUUUUGUUUUGGAGCCAAACCGGAUGGAUCAACUAACAAGCUUAAAUCUAGGGUUGGAUAUUCUAUGGGUAUGACUGGCAGUGGACAAAUUUCUGUGGCAUCAUCGAGGAAGGAGAGUUUGGGAAACCAGUAUGUAGAGGAAAUCUACAAUUCUAUCAUGUCAUCUAGUAUGAAAAAUCCUCCAAUAGUAGAGAAAAGUUCUGGUGUGCUGUCUCUACCAUUGAAGAACUACAGACCAGAGGAACCUUCCACUUCCACUGGCGUCAAGCGAGCUGCAGACUUUGAGGAAGAUCCUGUUUUUAAGAGACCAAGAGUGGAGGCAAGCAGUGUGAGAGAGGAAGAUAUGAUGACCCCCGAUAGCACCACACCUGACAGGUACCUUGAAGAGGAACAGGCUAGAUCUGAAACAGGCACAUCACCAGCAGAGGAGGCAGUGGUUAGUGACAUGAAUACAGAGGACCAGAAUCCACCGGUUGUAUCAUCCAAUGUGAGCAGCACCGGGGAAUCAGAUGUAUGGAAUGAAAAUGAAGUAGCCGAUCAAGGUGAAAAAGUUGGUCUGGAAAAGAGAGGCAUUCCAAAAUACACUAGUACUCCUCUGAAGCCAAACAUUCCAAUCUCAGCUAAAAUACAGUCUCACAUUCCAGAUAAUGUUAAAACUUUUUCCAGUGAUAUUAAUUGUUCCAAACCAGAAUUACUAAAUGACCCUCAAAAGAAAAUUGAAAUAAGCAAUAACAGAACAAUAGAUAGUAAUGCAGAUGACAAGACCAAGGAUAAUGAAGAAGAUUCCGUAGAAGUUUUGGAAAGCGAGCCCCUGGAUGAUCAGAUGGAAGUGGAUGGUGUGACGGAGGAAGAAAAAGGAAGGCAGUGUGAGGAUAACACAGAGGAUGUUGUGGAAUUGGGUGAUGAUAAAGAGGAGGACAUGAUAAUGAUUGAGGACAAGGAAGAAGCAGAUGAGGAGGAGAAGGAUCAGUCUGAGGAAGAGGACAAUGAGGAGGAGGAGGAGAAGAGUGAGAAAUGUGGGAGUGAGGACAGUGAAAGCUCUGAGGAGUCAGACCAAGAAUCUGAAAGUGAAGAGGAGUCUGGAGGAAACAAAACCAAGCACACAACAAUAGAAACAGAUGUAGACGUCCUCGAUGUGUUGGCCUCGGAUGAGGAGUCAUGGUUAGAUGAAGAGGAAGAGGAGAGUAGAAGUAGGAAAAGUGAGGGGAGAGAAGAAGAUAAAUGGGAAGAUAGACCUGGUGAGGAAGAUGGAAGUAUGGAGGAAGGUGAAGAUAAAGAGGAAGAUGGAGAGAAAGAAGAUGACAAUGUAAUGGAAGUAGAGAUGGAAGAUGAAGUGCCUUCAACACAGACACAUGAAGAUGGAAGAAGUGGAACAGAGAAUGUAUAUGUCAUGGAAAGCACAGUUGAAUGUGAAGACAUUGACUUCCAAUGUAACACGAUAAUGACCGACCUUAUUCCUAAAGGAUUCUGUUUCCAAUUCAUUCAAAGCAAUGUUUGUAAGAAGCCCAUGUGUAUGUUCAGACAUGAAGUGCCAUCUAAGGAAGAACUGUUUAAAAAAGGUAUCCUGGAAAUUUCUAAUUACCAUAACAUGGGUAACAAGGCAAGAGCCUACGACGUCUAUAAGACCUUGCUGGACCUGAAGUUACAGGACAUGAUUCCGACGAAACAUAUCAUCAUGUUACUGAAUCUAGCUGAGGAGGACUGCGAUAUGAACAUGGCAUUGGACCUUCUCAGACAUGUGGAAAAGAUCAAAUCCAUCGAGUUUCAUGAAAUGCUGAUCUCGAUGUGCAGUCUCUCUCCUGGACAUUAUGAAAAGGAAAUGUGGAAAUUGUUUUCCUGUGUACAGAAUUUGGACAAAUACCUGACUGGUCAGAAUAUUGUGGUGCUUCUCAGAGCAUUUCAAGAGAAGCAGCUAUGGCUGAAGUUAUGGAAAGUAAUGAACUACAGCCUUUGUCGCCCUGGCUUUUCUCCUCCUGUGUACAUCACCCAGUCGGCUCUUGGUGCCGUGUUAGAGACCCCAGACACAUGUAUCCCCGAGGCCUCGGAGUGGAUCGAGAACUGUGACCAGGAGCAGCUGUAUAACCAGGAUAUGGAGUUGUUGGGUAAAGUGGCUGAUAUUUUCAUACAACAUCAUCAUCUGAAAGCAGCCAAUAUAGUACGAACUGUAGCCCAGAAAACACAGUCAGUCCUCAUAGAGAGCCACAUAGGGGAACGAGAUUCUGACACCUCUAGUGUUCAUUCCGACGCCAAAAGUCCAAUACUGGAAGUAGAUCAAGAGGAACAGAAGAGCAAUGUCAAUAGAAUAAAGGUGUCUGUUUCUGGUGCCAGUAUGUCUAGGAAUUGGGAAUACCUGGCCCACCUAUUUCUAGAAGUGUGUGACGCGGACAAGGGAAAGGACCCCCGCUACAUCCGGACAUUUGUGGAGGGACUUACCUUGGACAAGAAGAAUCCAAACACACUUGUUGAUGCCUUUAAGAGCUUUAUGGAAAAUGUUAAUAAUAUCUAUAUCAAAGAGAAAGCUGAGGAUGCCAUGAUCAGUAUAAAUAAGCCUGCCCUGGCCGUUAUUGGAGCUGAACUACUACAUUUCUGUGCCAUGUCCCAGUGGUGGAGGGAGGGUCUAGCUGUCAUCCAGAUUCUACAGAAAAACAACAUCCAGUACCUGACCCGCAAAUCUCCCGAGGGCGCACUGAUGUCUACCAUAGCACUGGAUGUUUGUCUGAGGUGUAAAAAACCCUACCAAGCUGUGCAGCUUUUAACAGCAUGUAACUGGUCCUUUGUUGAUGGCUUAAAACUAGAAAAACCUGACUUCAAAGAGCGGGUGAUACUGUUAUACAACAUCGUUAAACUCUUCACUGGCAUGAAGAGACCAGCCAUGGCACUGAUGAUGAUCUGUAAAGUCCUACAAAAAGCUCAGAGAGAUCAGCAAGUUGAAUUUUACAACUCCUUGAUAGGUUUUGGAGAAAAUUUUCACCUCGUCAUAAAUCAGUGCUUGGACAUAGGUGACCCACAAAGGGCAUAUGCUGCCUUUGAAGUCUUUAAGAACGGUUGCACUGGAGAAAGCAUUGACCCUGGUAUGCUGCGGCGUUUAGUGACGGUGUGCGGAGAAUGCCGAUACCUCGAUCCUGGUGCUCACAACGUUUACAACUACCUGACUGCACAGAGUGUAUACCCACCUCAGAACAUCCCCACUGAACCCAGAGCCCUGUGUAUUGAUCUGGCGGAGCACAUGUCACUCAUGGAGUGCGUACUGCUGAUAGAAGACUUCAUGUUGUAUCUGUACAGUUUUCUUUGCGAAUGGUGUGUACAUCAUCAGUCCUGUGUUGUUCCAGAGGAAUACUUAAAUGUUAGUGUGAGAUUUCUGAACAAGGACCUGGCUCAUACAAAAAUGGAGAAGAGGUUAAAAAUGUUGAGAAACCUCUUGGAAACCAACCUGACCCCAGGCCUAAAGGCCUUCAUCCGACGUCGCAGGCCAGCUGAAGAUUCAGUGGUACAGGUGUGCAGUCCCUCUCUGUUCCAGUAUAUACUGGCCCUGGACAAAGGGGAAAGAGGAAAACGGCAAGGAUUUAAAAGAGGACCUGUAGGCAUCCCCAAGUCAGGCCCCUGGAGUAGACAGACUCUUAUUUAAGUGGCCUCUGAUAGAGGGAAUAAACUUGAAAUAUGGAGAUUACUAAAACUUAAAAUAGAUGGGCUUUCAUAUGAACAGGUUUGAUGGUGCUUGUGGAUUGUGAAAUUGUUUUUGAGUUUUCUCCUUGGUGUUCAGUGAUACCAUAACCAGACAUAUAUAUAGGUCAUCAACUGAACUUAUUGGAAAGCAGAAAUAAAAAGGAUCAAAUUUUAAAAAUACUGUUGAACAGUUGAUUGGAUAUGAUGCAUUCUAAAUACCUCAACUGGAAGGAAUACUGAGAAAAGUCGAAAAUAGCUUUAUAGAAACCUCCUUAUUGUACUUUGUUCUUGCCAGACAUCAGCAUUUGAUAAGGAUGUGUGGAAUUUACCAGAAACUUAAGCAUUUAUAUUUGAUAUUGACCAAUUUAGAUUUUAAUUAUACAGUGUGUAUAUAGAACAAAGGGAGAGGGUGGAUGAAAGCAGUGUAAAGACAUGCCUUGUUUUUGUACGGACUAACAUUAGUAUACUUGAUUUAAGAGUCAUAUUGAAUCCAUUGCCAUAGAAAGUGUUUGUUACAUAGCCCUUACUGCUCUCAGUAUUUUAAAUUGCUUUUGCAUUCUUGUGCUAUGAAUAAAUUGGAGCCAUUAUGUUGUGAAGUGUUCACUGAGAGUGUGGUCAACAUGAGAGUGUUGACAGGCAUUGUGUUCAUCAACAAAAUGCAUUUCCAAUCAACAUUGUUUUAUAUAAAAGGGCAUUUAUUAAAGACUUAUUUUUUUAAGGUGCUGAAAUAAGUGAAAUGUGUUCAUUGUACAUACAUGUACUUAUAUUUUUUUUAUGUUCGAAACGUUGCAUAACAAAGGCUUUCUUGUUCGCUUUUGUUGUAUUUUUGUACAUUAUCUUUUAUAAAGUUUAGAAUUAUGUUUAUUAGAGCCUCGUAAAUGUAGGAUGUCAUUUAGUUGUUCAAUUAGAGUGUAGUUCAACAAAGUACUUAAAUUUAUUCUGUGAUAAGAACUUUGAUGCACAUUUGCUUAUCUUAAGCAAUCUCCUUUAAACACUUUGAUAUUCAAACAGUGUUCAUUAAAACUAGUCAUUGUUAUUUUGUAAAAAGGGGUUCGAUUUUUAUUCUUGUUCAGUUCACAAAGAGCAUCAAGAAGUGUUGUUUUUGAAUAAUUUCUUUGUAACUACAUACAGGAUGUAUGAAAUUAUCAUGGAUAUACAACAAUAAAAUAAGCUGAAAUUUG